AUGUAUCUCUCAACUGCUUUUUUCGCGGCUGGGGCUUUGCUCUCCGGGCUAGUAGCGAGUGACGAUACACCGUCCGUUCAAUGGGUCGACUUGACCCGAAAGGGCACUGAUUGCUGGCUUCACCUAACCAAUUACUAUGGCUGUACCGGGUCUACCAAUGACCCUGUUGGGGUUCAGGACCAAAGCUCGCAAGAGAAUGGAAAUUAUUUCUGCAUGAGUCCUAGUUCAGACGAGGCCAUAGUGACAUCCGACAUCUGCGAUACGGCCAAUGUCCAGGUGAACUGGAACACUAGUGUUGUCAUGUUCUCGAACCCUGUCCCAUCGCAGCUGCAAAUCGAUGGCUGGGCGAUCACCGAUUCAACAGACCAAGACAUCUAG